GGCAGCAAACAGAUCUUGAAUCGCAGAAACUGAAAGCAAGCACAUGAAGAGAAAGGGUAAAUUGGUAACUUCAGAAGAGGAGAGGGCCGUAUUUCAACGAUUGAUGUCGUUCCCAUUCCCAAAAUCCCACCUUCUUGAGUUCUCUUCCUUUCCAAAAAUGGAGAGGCAGAGGCGCCCAAAACGACGCCGUCUGGUCCUGGUUCCAUGUCCGUACCAAGGCCACAUAACUCCGAUGCUUCAACUCGGCGCUCUCCUCCACGCCGCCGGCUUCUACAUCACCGUCGCUCACACGCGCUUCAACUCGCCGGAUCCUUCGAAACAUCCCGAUUUCCGAUUCGUUUUCUUGGAGGACGGAACGCCGAAACACGAGGCCAUUCCGGCGGAUCUGAUCGCGGUGCUCCUCGAUCUCAAUGUUAAUUGCAGAGCGAGUUUCGAAGAACAGAUGCUGAAGUUACUGAUCGCCGGAGAAGGAGCGGCGGCGGAGGAGGAGGAUUCCGGUGAAGUCGUGUGUGUGAUCCACGAUGAACUGAUGUUCUUCUGUGAAGAAAUCGCGAGCGGGCUGAAGGUGAGGAGCGCCGUGUUGCGAACUACCUCUGCUGCGGCUUCCUUCGCUCGGAUGGCUCUUCUUCGCCUCAACCAACAAGCCUUCUUUCCUUUGAAUGAAUCUAUGUUACAGGAUCCAGUUCCGGAACUGCAUCCCCUGAGAUUCAAAGAUCUGCCAUUUUCGUUAACAGCAAGCUUCACCAAAUACUCAAUACUGGUUAAAAAGAUGUACAAUAUCGAAACACCCACCCGAGCCAAAGCCGUCAUUUGGAACACAAUGGAAUGGCUCGAGAAAUCGACUAUGGCCGAAAUCAAAAGUAAAUCCAUGGUCCCCGUCUUCCCAAUCGGCCCUUUACACAUAAUGGCCUCAACACCAACCAGCAUGCUCAAAGAGGACCCGGAAUGCCUGUCGUGGCUCGACCAGCAAGCCAACGGCUCCGUCGUCUACGUAGCCAUUGGAAGCAUAGCUUCACUGAGUGAGAAGCAGUUGGUAGAAAUGGCCUGGGGGUUGGCCAACAGCCAGCAACCGUUCUUGUGGGUGGUGCAGCCGGGCUCGGUGCACGGCUCGGAGUGGACCGAGGCAUUGCCGAAGGGUUUUGGGUGGGCGGUUGGAGGGAGAGGAUGCAUUGUGAAAUGGGCUCCUCAGAAACAAGUGUUGGCACAUAGGGGUGUUGGGGGAUUUUGGAGCCAUUGUGGGUGGAAUUCAAGCAUGGAGAGUUUGAGUGAGGGAGUUCCAAUGCUGUGCAGUCCAUGUUUUGGGGACCAGAAAGUGAAUGCAAGGUAUCUGAGCCAUGUUUGGAGGGUGGGGCUUGAGUUGGAAAAUGGGUUGGAGAGAGCAGGGAUUGAAAGUGGGAUUAGAAGACUAAUGGUGGAAGAAGAAGGCAGAGAGAUGAGAGAGAGAGCCAAGCAUUUCAAGGAGCAAAUUGAAGCCCAUGUCAAGGAACAACAUUCCUGCUCCUCACACAGUUACUUAAAAGACUUUGUCAGUUUAUUAACCACAUUUUGAUCAUGCAAGCAAGUAGUUUUUCAGUUCUUUGUGUACCUUUGAACUGGGUAGAAUUGUAGAACAGUUCUUUCAUCUAAUAAGCUAAAAUUUAAAGCAUAUUUAUUAACAUACUUGUUAGAACUGUUUGCAUUCAAAGAUAGCUUGGAGAACAGAAGAUUACAGAACCACAGAACCACAGAGGUAUCUUAUCAAACACAUGGUGAGCGAAAACCGACUUCAAAGUUCAGAACAAAAAGAUAUAUCUAUCAUCAUUUUACGACAGACAGAUUCUCGUCCUAAACACAGCAUUCAAUCUGAGAUUCUUACUUGUAUAAUCGCGACCUCCGUC